AUGGAUAGGAUCCAGGUUAUAGGAUGCUCCACUCCUCUUCCUGGCCCCCCGUCUUCAACUGCACCCCACUCCAACUCCAGCUCCAGCUUCAAGUUCGACGCUCCCACCUUCUUCACACAUAAGCCCAUCAGAACCUCUCUCCCCGAUCACGUCGUCGCGCGCUCCCGUUCAUGUUCGGCUGCCGAAAACUCAGAUGCCGAACUGAGACGAGCUCUCGUCGGUGAAGGGUUGCGUGGCGGCAGGCUCUGCUGCUGCGGAAGAAGGCAUUUCAUGGCGGCGACCACAUCGCCACUCAUCCCAAUUCGCCCUUCUAAUGCUUCGGAUGAUUCUUCUGAUUAUGCGGCAAUGUUGGAUAAAUUUCACGCUCCUAGACCUCAGUGGUAUGAGGAGUUCCAAGCUAUGGUCCUUGAUAAGGGUAUGGAAGCUUAUGAGGCUGAGAUUGCAAGGUAUAAGUCCCAGCUAUUCAGCAAAUUGAAGGGAAAAGUCAAGGAAAUUUUGGAGAUUGGUAUAGGAACAGGUCCUAAUCUCAAGUAUUAUGCCAAUGACAACGACGUCCAUGUUGUAGGUGUAGACCCAAAGAGAACAAUGGAAAAAUAUGCUCGGGCAGCAGCAGCAGCAGCUGGUCUACCAUCUCCCAACUUCAAAUUUCUCCAAGCAGUUGGUGAGGCUAUACCACUAGAAGAUGCAUCUGUUGAAGCAGUUGUCGGAACACUCGUCUUGUGCUCCGUCAGUGAUGUUGACCUGACGCUGAAAGAAGUGAAGAGGGUGCUUAAGCCAGGUGGUUCUUACAUCUUCGUGGAGCAUGUAGCUGCAAAAGAUGGAACAAUCCUCAAGUUCCUCCAAAGUAUCCUCGAUCCCUUGCAGCAGGCUGUUGCUGAUGGGUGUCACCUUACCAGAGAGACAGGGAAGAACAUAUCUGAGGCUGGAUUCUCUAGCGUCGAGCUUGGCACGGCCUUUUUAGCUAACGCCCCCCUCAUAAACUCUCAUAUAUAUGGAAUUGCCAACAAGUAGCGCUGCUAAACAACCACCAGUUUAUAGAAAAGUUUGUCAAAUUAUUACCUGGGUUUGCUAGUCUGAUCCCCUUAGGAUCGUUUCGAUCUGGAAUCAGCAAUAUAAGGGAUAUCCAUAUCUAGCUUUGUGUAUAUGAAGAAUGCUAUGACUCCUUUGGCCUUAGGUAGUGCACUCUGUCCUUAUAAUCCCACAAUAUAGCGUUUGUGUUUACAUAGUGUAGCGCUUUCUUGUGCCUGUCUGACUUUGAGCUGAUAGUAAUGUGGAUCUUGAUCAGCACUGUAGAAGAAGAUGAGAUGUAUGUUGAAUGGACUUUGCUUCAUGAAAAACUACUGAUCCGAGAUGUUGAUUGCAA